UCGUCUUCCUCUGUUCCAUCAUUUUGCUGCGCCGCUUUUCCUCUGCAAUUCGUACUUCUUUUUUUCAAUUUUCACUUAUUUUGUGAUCUCUCUAUCUUAAAACCGCAAGUACCUGUUGUACUUUCGGUUUUCUUAGAUUAGAUUCCUGUGUCAGAGAAUUUCAGAAGCAGGUGUGUUUCUUGGUGUAAAACAAUGGCGGAAAACGAGAAAGAGCCAAGGACAACAAGAGAUAGUAUAUACAGAGCUGCGAGGAGAAUAAAGCGAAGAGACAAUAGCCUCUACAACGCUCUCCGAUCAAUCUACCAAGACUCCAUCUUCGUCGAUGAGAUCUCGCAGCUAUGGCCGAAACUUCCUCUUCUCGCCAACCUUCGUUGUGGUCUCUGGUAUUCGCCUAGAUUCGACGCCACUUGCUACUUCAAAUCCACCGAUGGCCAUACCAACAACUUGUCCUUCAACACUUCUCGGCUCAAUCUCCAUCUUCCUCUUCUCGCUGGAGAAAAAGGAGGUUGUAUCAUUAUUGAUUCUACUCGGAAAGGAAAGAGGUUUCCGGAUAGCAUGUCUAAAACAAUACCCAUAUGGUCAUGUGUAUUGAACCGAUCAAUAUUUAAUCACUUGAAGAGAUUAUGUAACACUGAUGCAGGUUUGACUAGUGAUGAUCAUGAUGGUGGUAACAUAAGGCAAGUGUUUGAUAAAUGGGAUUGUUCGUUACAUCUUCCACUAUGGGUUUCAAAAACUGAGAAGGCCUCUAUUGAAGCUCGACUAGAUGAAUGGACAAGACAGUUAGACGAGAGUGGAGCUGAUAUAGCUUCUCUGGCUUCAUGUUUGAGGAAACCUUUACGCCCUCUUUGGGUUUCGCAGAAAACAGUCAUAUGGUUGAAUGAAGUACCUGAGCAUGAUUCAUGGGAUUUCACACCUCUCAUCCUUGUCUCAGCUUCUGCUUCUGGUGAAGUUGAGCACAGAACCAAUUCAGAGUUUAGCUGGAGUUAUAUCCCAGGAGCUGGUGAUGAUGAAGAGAGCUGGGCUAGAGGUUUAUCUCCGAGUGUUUUCUGGACACAUGUUGACGAUCUUAUUGACUCGGGACCUGGCUUGUGUAACCAGAAAGUUGCGGAGAUUGUUGAGAAUGAAAGAGUGUACAGAGCACAGAGGGGUCAGGAAGCUCCUCAGGUUGUUGUCAAAUGCUCAUCAAAAUCUUAUGGUGGCGCAAAGAGUGAUGAAAUCUUAUCUCUUAGUGUACCAAAACCUAAAGUUGGGAUGAAGAAUGUCGAUGAAGAAAGCUUAGUAUCUUGGUUGGCUUCAACUAAUCUUGCUGUUGGGUCAUCACAAGUUGUUGGUAAGGCGACAUCUAUCGACUGCAUAAUAAAUUGCGAUCAAAAUCCGAUCUCAGUCCCUCUAUCUUAUCAUGAAGAGCAUUUGCAUCUACCUAUGAAGGGUUCAAAGUUUGAUAGAUUUUCCAUAUUAAAGAAUCUUCCUUCCGCGGUUAAUUUUGCUAAGCAGAAGCUUAGGAUGGAUAAGAAGCUCUUAGUUUGUUGUCAGGAUGGGGAAGAUAUCAGCGUAUGUGUAUGUUUGGCCAUCUUGAUAUCAUUAUUCAACGAAGAAGGGGCCUUUGAUGGUGGAAAAUCUUUUGAAGAAAAGAGUAUUACAAAAAUGGAGAUGCGACGGAUGCUAAUAUUUAUAUGCAAAUACGUUGUAAAGGCCAGACCAUCUAGAGGGAAUCUAAAGCAAGUGUUUGGUUUUCUCUCGUCUCAGCGAGAAAAUUCGGAUGAGAGUGAAUCUCGAGGCUGAGAAGAGAGAGGCUUAUAUAAUGUUCUGCGUAGAGUUCAUGGCGAGAAAAGAGAUUGGACUAGUGUUGUGGAGUUGAGGAGAUUCUUGAAGAAGACCAAAGCAAAGAAGCAAGACUUUAGUAGCUAGAUUGAAGCUCUUUGUUAAGAUUAUCAGAAACGAACAUCUUUUUUUCAUAUAGAGUUGUUUUUUUUUGUAUAAUGUCAAUCAUCUGUUGAGAAAAAUAUCAAAGCAAUUGAGAUUCUGGAAAAGAAAAGAAAAAACACAAUUUGAG